CGCCGCCGCCGCGGUCGCUGCCGAAACCGAGCUCGGAUCCGCGAGCGCCACCAAGGCAGCAGCCGCCGCAGCCGCCGCCGCUGUGCUGAGGAGCCGGAGACGCGGGCGGACGAGGUGGCGGCGGCGGCGGAGCGGGAGCGGGGAGCGGACGCGGGCGGAGCGCGGCGGCGCGGGUGUAUUCCAGAGAACAAUUUUCAGAUAUUUUUGCUUAUAUUUGACAUUGAGCAGUCAGGGGAUUCAGGCAUAUGAGGAGGUACUGUCACAUAAAACAGUGUCUAGUGAAGACGACAAGAAAGAGAGAAAAGGAUCGGAAAAAGAAGCUAAAAUACCAUAGGAAACCAUGAGAUCUAUUAGAUCUUUUGCCAAUGAUGAUCGCCAUGUUAUGGUGAAACAUUCAACGAUCUAUCCAUCUCCAGAGGAACUUGAAGCUGUGCAAAAUAUGGUGUCAACUGUUGAAUGUGCUCUUAAACAUGUCUCAGAUUGGCUAGACGAAACAAACAAAGGCACAAAACCUGAGGGGGAGACAGAAGUAAAGAAAGAUGAAGCUGUGGAAAACUAUUCCAAGGAUCAAGGUGGCCGGACAUUGUGUGGUGUAAUGAGGAUUGGCUUGGUUGCAAAAGGCUUGCUGAUUAAAGAUGAUAUGGACCUGGAGCUAGUCUUAAUGUGCAAAGACAAACCCACGGAAACCCUGUUAAAUACAGUAAAAGAUAACCUUCCGAUUCAGAUUCAGAAACUAACAGAAGAGAAAUACCAAGUGGAACAAUGCAUAAAUGAAGCAUCCAUUAUAAUUCGGAACACGAAAGAGCCAACACUGACUUUGAAGGUGAUACUUACUUCCCCUCUAAUUAGGGACGAAUUGGAGAAGAAGGAUGGAGAAAAUGUUAUGAUGAAAGACCCUCCGGACUUAUUGGACAGGCAAAAAUGCCUGAAUGCCUUGGCUUCUCUUCGACAUGCCAAAUGGUUUCAGGCAAGGGCAAAUGGAUUAAAAUCAUGUGUAAUUGUCCUCCGCAUUCUGCGUGAUUUGUGCAACAGAGUACCCACAUGGGCACCAUUGAAAGGAUGGCCACUAGAGCUUAUAUGUGAAAAGUCUAUAGGUACUUGUAAUAGACCUUUGGGCGCUGGGGAGGCCUUGAGACGAGUAAUGGAGUGUUUGGCAUCUGGAAUACUACUUCCUGGUGGCCCUGGUCUUCAUGAUCCUUGUGAGCGAGACCCAACAGAUGCUCUAAGCUAUAUGACCACUCAGCAAAAAGAAGAUAUCACCCAUAGUGCACAGCACGCACUUAGACUAUCAGCCUUUGGCCAGAUUUAUAAAGUGCUGGAGAUGGACCCUCUUCCGUCUAGUAAGCCUUUUCAGAAGUAUUCCUGGUCAGUUACUGAUAAAGAAGGUGCUGGGUCUUCAGCUCUAAAGAGGCCAUUUGAAGAUGGAUUAGGGGAUGAUAAAGAUCCCAACAAGAAGAUGAAACGAAACUUAAGGAAAAUUCUAGAUAGUAAAGCAAUAGACCUUAUGAAUGCACUAAUGAGAUUAAAUCAGAUCAGGCCCGGGCUUCAGUAUAAGCUUUUGUCACAAUCUGGCCCGGUCCAUGCCCCAGUCUUCACAAUGUCUGUAGAUGUGGAUGGCACAACUUAUGAAGCCUCAGGACCAUCCAAGAAAACAGCAAAGCUUCAUGUGGCAGUGAAGGUUUUACAGGCAAUGGGAUACCCAACCGGUUUUGAUGCAGAUAUUGAAUGUAUCAGUUCCGAUGAAAAAUCAGAUAAUGAAAGCAAAAAUGAUACAGUUUCUUCAAACUCAAGCAAUAAUACUGGAAAUUCUACAACUGAGACCUCCAGUACCUUAGAGGUAAGAACUCAGGGUCCUAUCCUCACAGCAAGUGGCAAAAAUCCUGUGAUGGAGCUCAAUGAAAAAAGAAGAGGUCUCAAAUAUGAGCUCAUCUCAGAAACUGGUGGAAGCCAUGACAAGCGCUUUGUAAUGGAGGUAGAAGUAGAUGGACAGAAAUUCAGAGGUGCAGGUCCAAACAAGAAAGUGGCCAAGGCAAGUGCAGCACUAGCUGCCCUGGAGAAGCUGUUUUCUGGACCCAAUGCGGCAAAUAAUAAGAAAAAGAAGAUCAUUCCUCAGGCAAAAGGUGUUGUGAAUACAGCAGUAUCUGCGGCAGUCCAGGCAGUUCGGGGCAGAGGAAGAGGAACUCUGACAAGGGGAGCAUUCGUGGGGGCUACAGCAGCUCCUGGAUAUAUAGCUCCAGGUUACGGAACCCCAUAUGGUUACAGCACAGCUGCCCCUGCAUAUGGUGGUUUUUUCAUUGACAGCCCCUAUUGCCAGCCUCUGAGCGUCGCACCAUUUAUUAUUCACUUGGGCCCUCAAGAUUUCUUCUCUGACUUCUAGAACCAUCAGGUUAAUACUUUUAAGCAGUUUUCAGCACGUUUAUCUCACUUUAUUCUCGUUCUCCUCGGACCUCCGUAGCCAUAUCACUUGUAUAAAAUAGGCUGAGAUAUAGUGACUGUAAGCUGUGAUCUCAGUAUUCAAAGGUAAGCUCUUUUAUUUUCUGAUUAAAGAAAACAAUAACCAAUUAACACAACCUGCAUAUAUGACAAUCAUAUGAUGUAUUUGAUCUCUUAGGUCUUAUGUCACUGCAUUAACUUUAAAUUUUUAUGGUCUAAAUGUAAAAUAGUAAUUUCCAGCAUUUGUUUUAAUACUCUUGUAAACGCUUUAUAUUCAAGAGAAACAUUUCACAUUCACUGAGUCCAGUGUAUGUGGGUAGAAUUGUAGGAUAUAAUGUAUAUGUAAUUUAUACAUAACAGAGGCACCUAUUUGAAUAUAUCAAUUCAGUUGUAGGAAUACUAUCUAAGGAGAGUCAAAAUGACAGGGCACUGUCUUGUUCAAGGAGCUAGGAUAUCAGAAGCAGUAAUACCGGUGACCUGCUGUAGAAUUCAUGUGCAUUUGCUGCACAGGCUGAGGGAUACAAGUGCCAAUCUCUCAAGAAGAUCACCUCCUCUGACCUGUGUUGCAUGCUCCAGUACAGCAACAGCAAGAAGCCAUUAAAAAAAGCAAUAGAGAAUCAAAGACAAAACUAUAAACUGUGGGAAAUAUAUGUAAUUGGCUGAGUUAAGCUAAUUAUUUGCAGAAUCAACUUCAGCAAGUCUCAGAAAAGCAAAUACUGAGUCUGCAGAAACCAAAUCUGCUUAAGGAAUCAGAUAAUCUGUCUGUCCGUCUGUCUGUCUGUCUCAAGUUAGGAAGCUAGAAUAUUAUUUCUCACUGUAUUCAGUCAUGAACAGAGUUCAUUUAUAGGAUAUCAGUAUUAGGCCAAACCUUAAUCCACAAAUACACCUUAUUAUGUUAGCUGUUAAGUGCUAAAGCUGUAUGUGUGUGUGUGUGUGUGUGUAUCUAUAAAUGAAUUUUAUGCUUUACAUUUCUUUCUGUAGCAAUUUCUGUUCAUCUCUAGCAUUAAGACUGCUGAAACUUUGUUCUCACACAGAACCUGCAGUUCAUGAGGUUGGCUUCUGUUAAAGGCUGUACAAAGCAGAGCAGAGACGUGCAGUGCAUUGUAGUCCUGUUCCUGCUGAUGCCAGGUCCUUUUCUGGGGACCAGGGAACAGAGGUUUUGAUCAGUGCAAACAUCUUAAGUUUUCUGAUGGAAUUCCUGAUGGAAUUGGCUUUGUUGUAAAUAAAUACCCUACUUUGGAAGAUAGUGUAUUAACAGUGGCAAAAGUUAUUCAUUUAGUAGCAUAAUUAUAAAAUACUGAUUAUUUGUAGGUUUUUCAACACCACAAAAUCAGUGUUACUUGAAGACUUCCUCAAGUAGCAUAUUUUCCUCGGCAUUCGUGAUGGUCUGAACUUUGCUCUGGUUAUGCUACUCAUGUUCUGUACCAGUGGGUGGUCAGAAGAUGAGAAGCUCAGCACCACUGCAGCCCUGCCUUUGGCAUCUCUAUGUAGAGUCCUGCAAAGAACUCAAUGUGAAAUGUAAACCCUGACUACAUUCUUUCAAUGGCAGGUGAAUGUUACUGUUAUAAGAACUCACUUGCUGUAAUUGUCCUGGUUUUUAUUUUUCACUAAUGAUAGGAGUGGAGAAGAAGAGUCAAUACUAAGUUUUUCUUCCCAAGCUGUUUGGAGCCUGUAACCAGGGGCAUUGUAAACAGAGUGACAUGUGAAAGCAGCCUACUCUGAAUGGUCUGCCUUUCAUUUCCACUCUUUGAAUGUCCCCUCAAGUCACCUAGAGUUAGAAAGAUGCCAUGUUAUUUAGCCUUGUUCUCUGCAACAUCUGGUAUCAUACAGCUAGGCAUCAUGAUUCCUUUAGUGUGACUAGGAGACUUGGGGAGGGAAAUGGCUGGAGUGCCAAUGAUAACAGCAGGCCCAAGUACCUGCUGUCAUGAUGAACUUCAGCAUGGGUGUGUGUUUCUGUACCACCUAACUUACAGAGCACAGUACAGCCGAUAUAAGAUGAGUUCCUCCUUUUACAAAAUAGUAUUUGCAAAAAAGACUUUUUUAAGUAAAGAAUUCAUGUUGGGUUAAUUAUAUAAAUAAGUAUCCUUUUCUACAUACCACUAUUUCAGUUAGGAGCUACCAUUAAUGUUUGAAGUUUUUAAAAAUAGAACUAUAAUAUAAAUUUGUGUUAUGUAAGAUUUACGGCACAGCUAGAGAUAUAGAAUAGAAAACAUAUGAGAAUCUGGGCCAAAGCAUUUCUCUCACUCCAGCCCAUUUCUGUGGAACUCGGAUAUCUCAUGACUUUAUAUAUUCAAAGCUUUUAAUGGUACCUGGUACACAGCAAGUACUCUGUGAAUGCUGACUCUGCUGUUCUGAUCGAGGUGGGGGAAGGAUGUGAGGGAAGUGGGGCUAUGCUGGUUAAGCAACAGGUGCAUGGCCUGCUUAGGGCAGAGUUGUGCUUACUCCUUUGCUCACAGACUUGGCAGAACAGAUUUGCCCAUAUUUGUGCUGCAGCAGUUAAAUCAGCCAACUUGCAGCCCAGGGUUUGUAAAUACUUGUUUAGGAUUUAUGGGUGCUUAGAAUUUCACAAGGGCUGAACUUAGACCAUCUAUCUGCCAAUUCAAGUUUCCUACCCAUACUUUAGUAAUAAAAAAAAAUCUACAACAGCCAGAAUCAAGUUUUCAAGGCUUGUGUGUUCGUUGGUAAAGAACAAGUUAUUAUAGGAAGCAUGCUUAGGAUGCUGUUGACUCAUUUUCUGUGAGGAGUUCUUGUAC